AUGAAGUCCGCACUCGUGUCAGUCGGCCUCUUGGCCUGGCUGAUCUCCUUGGUCUCUGCCACCGCCCUGACAUAUAGACUUGGUGCCAACGAGAAGGCUUGCUUCUAUGCCACCUCUCCCAAGGAGAACACCAAGAUGGCAUUCUACUUCGCCGUGCAAUCAGGAGGAUCUUUCGAUCUUGACUACGAGGUCACAGGCCCGGAAGAGAAGAUAGUUCUUAGCGGAGAAAAGGAGCGCCAGGGCGACUUUGUCUUCACUGCGCAAAGAGCUGGAGACUACAAAUUCUGCUUCAACAACGACAUGAGCACCUACACAGAAAAGAUCGUCGACUUUGAGAUUGCUGUCGAGGACGAAGUGCGAGCGCAGCUCCCCGCCAAGCAGGGCACAAGCCCCGAGCAGACUUCCGCCCUCGAGGAAUCCAUCUACAAGAUCUCCGGACAGCUCUCCACAAUCACACGCAACCAGAAGUACUUCAGAACGAGAGAGAACCGCAACUUCAGCACCGUCCGAAGCACAGAAAAGAGAAUUGCCAACUUCAGCAUGAUCCAAUGCGCCAUGGUUAUCUGCAUGGGUGGUCUCCAGGUGUUCGUUGUUAGAUUCUUCUUCCAGGGCGCCAGGAAGGGCUACGUGUGA